CUUUUUCCUCAUAAAUCUUCGCUUGUUCGAACUGUCUAACUUACGAAAAUGCCUCGACGCAGCUCCGGUGGAAGUUCAGGUUACCGUGCUCGCCCUGCACCAGCACGUAGCGCUCGCCCUGCACCAGCACGUAGCGCUCGCCCUGCACCAGCACGUAGCGCUCGCCCUGCACCAGCACGUAGCCCUCCUCCUCAAACUGUGAAACAAGCUCCUCCUCCAGCAACUGCAACAGCAACAGCUCAGCCUCAGCGCAGUGGUUUUGGCUCUGUCAUUGCUGAUGGUAUGGCUUGGGGUACUGGAAAUGCAAUUGCACACAGGGUUACGGAUGCUAUUAUGGGUCCAAGAACCAUUAAGCACGAAACCGUUGCUGCUGCCCCUGCUUCUCCUUCCCCUGUUGCCAACAGCAUGGCCUCUGCUUCUUGUGACACUCAGUCCAAGGCUUUCCAGGAUUGUGUGAACAACUUUGGAAGCGACAUCAGUAAGUGCCAGUUCUACAUGGACAUGCUCACGGAAUGCAAGAAGAAUUCUGGUUCCAUGAUGGCUGCUUAAGCGCAUCUACUAUCGUUAUCUGCAAUAACUAAAUAAAAAAAAUUUCGGAAAUUAUGAAGAAGAGUUUACUCUCUCUAGUGUCUUUGAUAACCAGAAGUUUGAAGUCUAGUAGUGUUUUCUUAUUUUGUAAGAUCUGAGGAUCUCCUAAUGUUGACGAAACCUUUCUCUAUGGAAUAGUAAUCAAAAGCUAAGUUCUACUCAUUGUUGUUAGGU